AUGGGACAAAUCGAAGAAAUCCCAGCUCCGAGGCCAUCACGCGACCGCGAUCUGCCCGAACUCACGCGGUCGCCGCUUCGGCCCAUUCCGUUCGGCCCGGUCCACGUGGCUCGAUGGCUCGAAGCAGCGAAGCAGCGAAGCACCGCGAUGGCGGCCGUGCCGCACCCAGGGUCGCUGCGCUUGGACUCCACCCGACGGAGAGUCUUUGAGGUGCCCAGCCCUCGCAGCCAAGUGACGCCCAGGGGCACCUUGGUGUCGGCCCUACAUCCAGAGACCCACCGGGAUUUCCACUACUCUGGCAAGCGACAAGCCUAUGGUUCAGUAUCUCCCCUGUUGGAGAACCUCAAGCAGAGCACAGCCAUGGGCAUCCGCGAGUGCCAAGAGGAUGCGCGAAAUCGGUGGUUCAAGGCCUAUGCGGAAGGCCGCAGUGAACAAGCGAGGAGCACCCGUGAGCAACUCCGAACGGAGCGCACGUUGGGCAGCUCUAGUCUUCUGGGCCACACCGAGGAGUCGGCGCAAGGAUGGGUUUGGCAUUCCUGGCGUGGCUGGACGGCCAGCAGUCGUCACCAGCACGAGCAGCAGAUGCGUCAGAUCUGGCAGCAGGAAGCCAGGGAGAGAUGGCUGAAGGCGAAUGGCGCCUAA